AUGAGUGCCCUUCCCUCGUCGAGAAAAACCCACAGCGAGCGUCACAAGCAGAUCCUCAAGCAGCUUCUCAAGGAACCUGCAAACAAAACCUGUGUGGACUGCAAGACUGCCGCUCAUCCUCGCUGGGCAUCUUGGAAUCUUGGAUGCUUCAUCUGUAUUCGAUGCUCAGGCAUUCACCGUCUGAUGGGCACGCACAUCUCGCGGGUGAAAUCGGUGGAUUUGGACGCGUGGACUGACGAGCAGGUGGAGCUGAUGGUCAAAUGGGGCAAUGCAAAGUGCAACGCCUACUGGGAAGCAAAGUUGCCUGAAGGAUACGUUCCAGAUGGCCUGAAGAUUGAAAAUUUCAUUCGGACAAAGUAUGACUUGAAGAAAUGGGCUGCAUCCUCGCUGAUUCCUGACCCUAUGAAUGUAUCAGUGGCCGCUGGAGCUUCUGGGACUGCUGGAAUAGUCGCUUCCGAGGGCUCGGCUACAUCUACUACUUCUAGUUCUACGUCCAGAAACGCUCCUCUAAACAGAGCUGCUGCUCCAAAUAGAACCCAUGCACCUCUUCGGAAAGUGACAUCUCCCGCUUCUGCUCCUCCCUCGCUUUUGGAUGACGAUUUCGGCUCAUUCACCUCGUCUCCACUGCCCACACCUACUCCAGCUCAACAGACUACCAGACAGACCUCUCACAUCCACAAACAGGCCCAGUCUCAUCACAAGCACGCACAAGUACCCCCCGUGGCUGUUAACGGUAUCCAUGGCAGCCAGAGUACUGGCCUGGUGCCAAACAAACAGAAUGAACGCACAGAUUUGAAAAAGUCCAUCUUAUCGCUUUACUCACUGCCUUCCUCGUCACAGACUAGCGUCCAGAGUGGUCAGACGUAUGGAAACAACCUUUAUGGAAACACCGCAAACACCUACGGGAACUCUUAUGGAAAUAAUGCCAAUACCCAGAGAACGAACACCAAUGGCACUUCCAAUGCUAAUGUUGCUGCGAUGACGGACUCGCUCUUGGGUUUGAACUUUGGCUCUGCACCUUCCCCUGCUUCUCAAUCUAUAAGCCAAAGUCUGUCGCAGAGCAAGACAGAACCCGUGAAGCAAGAUAAAUCAGUGCCUCAUUACAAGAACGAAUGGAGUGACAGCUCCUCGUCGGUGAACAAAUGGGGCUCCAGCGUCGGGAACAGCUCCAGCUCAGUAGCUAGCGCACCAACAGGUCUCCAAGGCACUUACUCUACCAACUACACAUCAAACUACACGUCGAACGUAACGCCUGGAGCAACCACGGCUCUCGACGAUGAUUUGUUCAAAAAUGUGUGGUCGUAA